UACGUGCAGUGACUGUGUUGUUGGAUCGAUGCGAUUUAAUGCAAUUGUUUGCUCUUCGCAGAAAAAUUUAUGGGGGAUUUUAGGAGUUUACAACUUUGUUAUCCUUGAAGAAAUUUUUAAGCUCUAAUAAAUUUUUGUGAAGAAAAAAUCCAAAAUUUCAGCUAAAUGGUACUUCUGGUAAUUUUUUAAAAGGUUUUUCUAGUCUAUGUAGAAAUAGGAUUUCGUUCCUGUUCAGCUAUGCAUUCCCAUUCCGUUGGUCCGAUCAAGAUGAAAUUGAUCGCGAUGUUUGAAUUUGGCGCCGUAAAUGUAGCUCCAGAAGCCACCACUGGUAUUUUUUGGUACAUUUUGUUGAAGAGAAAAUGAAACACACUUUUAGUUUUUCGCAAAUUUUCUCGCGUUUUCCGCUAAGUUUUCCACAAAAAUCAGGUUUUUUGUGACCAGGAAGCGAUUCUGCGUUGAUUGACAUCGCCAGUUAAAAUUUUUUAAAAUUCCCGCCUAAAAAAUUGUGCAAAUUCCGCAAAAAAAAAUCCGGAGAGUUGUGCCCCCAAAUUUUUACCCGCAUUCCCGGAAACUUUUGGAGCCCCAAAAACGAGUUUUUCAAAGAAUUUUUUUUUUAUUUUUCCACAAAUUCAUGGGCAUCAAAGGGUUAAUCGCUGCUUACAACAGAAAUUGUCGUAACCUAUAUUAGGGUAUUCUACGGCAGAUACGAUAAUUGCUGUUGCAAACAGCGUUAAUAGGCAUGCCCGGUUCUUAAGAUUAUUUUUAUCUAAUUUUCUGCUUGUUGCCCAUAAAAAAGCCCUAAAGUGAAUCGGAACAGCAGAUCAGUUAAACACUCUGGAGCCUAACCAAAUGGGUUUGGAGUACUUCGGGGUAAGGAAGUGAGUGUUGCAGUCAAAACACCCACACAAUGGAGUUUGCAGAGUUGAUUUUAACACCAAAACUUGAUAAUGUCACCCUCCUGGCUGGUGGUGACUCUGCCCCCGUGGCAGGAACACUCUGCAUCACAGGGCAUCAUCUUAUCCUUAGUGCACGAAAAGAGGAUACACAGGAGCUCUGGCUGCUGCACCAGAACAUUGACUUCAUGGAACGGAAGCCACACAUGACAAACAAUCAGCUACAGGGUGGAACAAUUGUGCUCAAAUGCAAGGAUCUUCGGAUCAUUUCAUUGGAGAUCUCCGCUGCACAGGACUUCUACAAUGUUGCUCAGACAAUUGAGCAAUUGAUAACCCUUGACAGUGUCAACCUCUUGUAUGCUUUCUUCUAUCGACCCAUGUUUCCCAUUCUCGAGGAUGGCUAUGAGAUGUUUCGCCCCGAGGUGGAGUUCUCCAAGCUACUUGCUAGCGAUGAAUGGCGUCUGAGCACGAUAAAUCGAGAUUUCUCCGUGUGUUCAACGUACCCGGCUGUUGUUGUUGUUCCACGAGCUGUGACUGAUGAACAAAUUGUGGCUUCAGCAGCAUUUAGGGAUGGUGGACGAUUUCCCGUGAUAAGCUAUCGUCAUGAGAAUGGGGCUGUAAUGCUACGAAGUGCCCAACCAUCGCCUGCAUCCAACAACAAACGAUGUCGUGCUGAUGAGGCACUCCUCAACUGUGUUCUCGGGAAGAGUCGAAAGGGCUUUAUCGUCGAUACGUGGGGUGCAAAGGGGAAGAGUACAUCGGAAACGGAUCAACACUACUCACAGUGGAAGAAAGCCGUUCGACCCGUGUGUGCUUUUGCUCACAUUUCACAGCUCCUUGAGAGCUUUAGCCGCCUCGUGGAAGCAUGCAAUGAUAUUUCAUGUUCCCCCGAUAAGUGGCUAUCACGCCUUGAGAGUAGCAAUUGGCUAGGUCACGUGCUUAGUGCUCUUAAUACGGCCUGCGUUGUGGCUCAGUGUCUCGACCAAGAUGGGAGUCCGGUGCUCGUACACGGUGGCAAAGGCCUAGAUACCACGCUCAUCGUAACAUCCCUCGUGCAGAUUAUCCUCAAUCCCGACUGUCGAACAGUGCGCGGCCUUCAAGCUCUCAUUGAACGGGAGUGGAUUCAAGCGGGGUUUCCCUUUCACACACGCCACCGACAAUCUUGCUACACUCCUGCCCACAUUCGUGCUAAAACUUCCGGCUCAACUUUUGUCCUCUUUCUGGAUUGCGUCCACCAGCUACACAUGCAAUUCUCGUGUAGCUUUGAGUUCAGUACAAAUUUCCUGGUGAUGCUCUUUGAGCACAGCUUCAGCAGUCAAUUUGGUACAUUCCUCGCGGAUUCCGAGCACGAACGAACGCAACUUGGUGUUACCAGGAAAACAACAAGUCUAUGGACCUACAUAAAUCGCCCUGAGGUACUCAAGACAAUUCUGAGUCCCGUCUAUGAGCCUAAUCCCACUGUUAUAUGGCCAUCCGUGGCACCCAUAAGUAUUGUGGUGUGGGAUGAGCUAUACCUACGCUGGGUGGUGAAUCAGGAUCAAGCACAGAGGCUACGACAACAUAUUGAGAAUCUUGUAGGCAGAGAAAAGGAGCUCCGUUCCAAGGUUGUACGCCUCCGGAAGGAAUUAAUGGAUCUCUACAGGGAUUACCAGGAAAUAGAAAAAUGUGGUGGACAUACGUCAGGAUCAUCAAAAUCUUGUGAAUAGUUCUCUCCCUCCGUGGUGUGCAAUUUUGUCAGUCAAUUCCCUUUCACCCUUCAUAAAAAAAAGAAUUAGAUUUUUCAAAAGUUCUCUCUUUUCUUUCUCUCUAACUGCAGGAAGCAUUUAUAUAAAAAAAAUAUUAUUAUUAAUCUACUUUCCUGCAAUUUAUUAUUCCAUGAGGACUGAAUGUAUUUUGGCAUGAAUGACUAAAAAAUAUAUACAUAAAUAUUAUAUAAAAUGAAAA